CCAGGGGGCGGGCUGAGGGGGCGGGCUGACUGGCCGCGGCGCUGGCCCGCUGAUAGUUCCUGCCGGACCUGGGUGGUUGUGGCCGCCCGGGGUUCUGUCGCUCCAUGGUACGCCCGUGAGGCUGGCUGCCGGCGGCCGUCUCCUCGAAAUGGAGCACAUCCGUACGACCAAGGUUGAGCAAGUGAAAUUACUUGACCGAUUCAGUACCAGCAACAAGUCACUAACAGGAACACUCUAUCUUACAGCCACACAUCUAUUAUUUAUAGACUCUCAUCAGAAAGAAACCUGGAUAUUGCAUCACCAUAUUGCCUUAGUGGAGAAACUAGCUUUGACUACUUCUGGAUGCCCACUUGUGAUUCAGUGCAAGAACUUCAGGAUUGUGCAUUUCAUUGUUCCCAGAGAAAGAGAUUGCCAUGAUAUUUACAAUUCCCUGCUACAACUGUCAAAACAAGCAAAAUAUGAAGAUCUCUAUGCAUUCUCUUACAAUCCCAAACAAAACGAUUCGGAGCGACUCCGAGGCUGGCAGCUCAUUGACCUUGCCGAGGAAUAUAAGAGGAUGGGAGUGCCAAAUUCAAACUGGCAGCUGUCUGAUGCCAACCGAGAAUACAAGAUUUGUGAAACUUACCCCAGAGAACUUUAUGUUCCCCGAAUAGCAAGUAAACCAAUAAUUGUUGGUAGUUCCAAGUUCCGGAGCAAGGGAAGAUUCCCAGUUCUUUCCUACUAUCAUGAACAUAAAGAGGCUGCCAUUUGUCGAUGUAGUCAGCCACUAUCAGGAUUCAGUGCCAGGUGCCUGGAGGAUGAACAUUUGCUUCAAGCCAUUAGUAAAGCCAACCCAGUCAAUCGCUAUAUGUAUGUAAUGGAUACCAGGCCCAAACAUCGCAUGCAGAGCUGGUGGGCUACACAAAAGGACAUUGGCAGAAUUAUAGUGAGGAUUUCUUCAAAAAUCUGGAAUGAUGAGAAAAUAAGAGAAAGCGAUGAGAAAAAGCGACUGAAUGCAAUGGCCAACAGAGCAGCUGGAAAAGGUUAUGAAAAUGAAGACAACUAUUCUAAUAUUAGAUUUCAGUUUGUUGGAAUCGAAAAUAUUCACGUCAUGCGGUCCAGCCUUCAGAAGUUAUUGGAAGUUAAUGGUACCAAAGGGCUUUCUGUCAGUGAUUUCUACUCUGGUUUGGAGAGCUCAGGAUGGCUUCGCCAUAUCAAAGCUGUUAUGGAUGCAGCAAUCUUCUUAGCCAAAGCAAUAACGGUUGAAAGUGCAAGUGUGUUGGUACAUUGUUCUGAUGGUUGGGAUAGGACGUCCCAGGUCUGUUCCCUUGGCUCUCUCUUACUGGAUUCCUACUACAGGACAAUCAAAGGAUUCAUGGUUUUAAUAGAAAAGGAUUGGAUCUCUUUUGGACAUAAGUUUUCAGAGAGGUGUGGCCAUUUGGAUGGUGACCCAAAGGAAGUCUCACCGGUGUUUACUCAGUUCUUGGAAUGUGUGUGGCAUUUGACCGAACAGUUUCCACAAGCCUUUGAAUUCAAUGAAGCGUUUCUCGUUCAGAUCCAUGAACAUAUUCAUUCAUGCCAAUUUGGAAACUUCCUUGGAAAUUGUCAGAAGGAAAGAGAAGAACUCAAGUUAAAGGAGAAGACUUACUCCCUGUGGCCUUUUCUCCUGGAUGACCAGAAGAAGUACUUAAAUCCUCUCUACACUUCUAAAUCUCCAAAAUUUACAGUUUUGGAGCCAAAUACAGUAUCUUUCAAUUUUAAGUUUUGGAGAAACAUGUACCACCAAUUUGACCGAACAUUGCAUCCUAGACAGUCUGUGUUUAAUAUAAUUACGAAUAUGAAUGAGCAAAAUAAGCAGUUAGAGAAAGAUAUUAAAGACUUAGAAUCUGUCCGCUUUAGAGUACUGAAAAUUCAUUCAGUUGGCAUUCUAAGUUGGAUGAAAUUCUGAUCGUUUACAAAACUAUAUAAGGAGAAGUUGCAGGCUUUUAUCGGUGAUGUCGAUCCAUUUUCGUUGGCCGUGUUUUGGCUAUUCUGUUGGCUUUUCCGUGCAGUAGUACAACUCGCAUUAACAUGUUUUGGUGGGUUAAAACGUAGAACCUGUUUUUACAAGUACAGAACUAUACGCUUUAGAAGGCUGUAUCUAGAAAAAGCCUGUAAACUAAGAUGACUGACUAUCUCAAGAAAAGGAUAUAUACUAUUGUACUUAUCAGAAAAUAAAACACUAAUUUCUGCCACUUUUCUAAAUGGUAUUAGUGCUAAUCUAAUUAUUUCCAAGCAAGUAAAAUACCCCUUUGCACAGCAACUCUUGUCAACGAGUGGAAUGUGUAACCAAAAGCAACCUUCAGAAGCAUUUGCACUUAACAAUAUUUGUGGAGCUUCUGUUGCAGAAUGGUGGGAGAAUCACAUUCUGAAUCGCCUACCCCGAUCAGUAAGCGGCUCUCCUGUUCUUAAAGGAAACGCAGAAUUACUUUCCCAUGAAGAGCAGUAAUUUGGGACGCAUCGUACUUAAGAAACAUUGCUGCACAAGAUGGGUGAGAAAGAAACCUUUAUUUUAGGUCACCGAGAGUUUGGGCUCUGUUACUGUAGCAUAACCUAGUUCAUCCUGAAUGAGGAAACCAUUAGCACACCCAAGAAGUUAAUAAGCCUCUGAUUUCAUCUAGAUUCCAGCCCCUCAUGGUCUCCUCAGGGCCUUUUACUUAUUUUUGCACUCCUAUCUACAGUUAAGGUUCAUGCAUUGCAUUUGCUUGUACCUCUUUAGGCUCUGACGUUGAACAGUCCCCUCACCCUUUGCACUGACAUCUUGAACCAGACCAACUGUAGGGUAUCUUACGACUUCCUGUACCUCCUUACUCAGGAGGAUAUAAUAAUCAGCCUGUUCCACUGUUUUGAUGAUAAAUUCGAUCACUUGGUUGAUCUCUCCUUCUAAAGGUACAUUUGCCCCCCCCCGCCCCACCCCGGCUUCGCACUUAGCCAAUUGUCUGCCAGGUGAUUAUUUUUUAAAUGUUUAUUCAUUUUUGAGAGACUGAACAUGAGUGGGGGAGGGGCAGACAGAGGGAGACACAGAAUCCGAAGCAGGCCCCAGGCUCCAAGCUGUCAGCACAGAGUCUGAUGCGGGGCUUGAGCUCACGAACCGAGAGAGCAUGACCUGAGCUGAAGUCGGACACGACCGACUGAGCCACCCAGGUGCCCCAUCUGCCAGGUGGUAUUUUGACAUCAAAAUGAAUAUCCCAUUCCCUAACAACUUGUCCAUUUGAUAAUAUUUGCCUGAAUCAGUUAUUUCAUUGGGUGUUCCAAAAUGCUGAUUUUCUAAAUUGUCUUUUCACUUUUAUGUUUAUUUGAUGGUAUUCUUUAAAGAAGUGCUUUCACUCAUCAAGUGGGAAAAUUCUUCUGGAAAAGGGCCUGAUAAAUGCUUAAUUCUUUCCCUUUAAUCACUAAUUUUCAGAGUAAGGAGUUGUAAUACCUCCAAAAAUUAGUUUUCUCUCUUUUUCUGUAGGGAUGUGUAUUUUUAUAAUCAGUUGCAGUAAAGGCUCUUUUUGCACACUGUCUGUGCAGAAGAGCUCCUUCAAGUUCCUUUCAUGUCCGUUCAUGUACCAAGUAGUUUUGAGCACAUUUUUGGAUACUGACACGAGUAGAUGUCCCAGGCCCAUCUUGUGCUUUCCUGGCUCCAGUUUUGGAAUUGGCCAUGUCUCCAGGGAACCUUUGUUCCUGUUAGUGGGGAAUAAUAUUUAAAACCAAACUCUGGACAUCACAUGUGCUCAUUGCUCCUGGAGCGUCACUGCUUCCAGGCCCUUUUAGUAGACAGAACUAGAAAAAUGUAUUUCUAAAAAUAAUAAAUUUAGGGGUGCCGGGUGGCUCAGUCAGUUAAGCGUCUCUUACUUCAGCUCAGGUCAUGAUCUCAUGGUUUGAAUCCCAUGUUGGGCUCUGUGCUGCCACUGCAGAGCCUGUUUGGGAUUCUCUCACUAUUGUACUCUCUCUCUCUCAAAAUAAAUAAAUAAACUAACUGACUAAAUAAAUAAAUAACUUUAAAAAAUAAUAAAUUUAGACAAUAUUAAUUCAAAUUAUUAUUACCACAGGGCUUUCUUUGGUCUAUUUCUUUUUUCCUUAUACUAAAAAUCCUGGUUUCUAAUAGCAUGUGUAUAUUGACCUUUUUUUAAAAGUAGGCUCCAUAUCCUGCAGAGUCCGAAGCAAAGCUUGAAAUCACGACCCUGAGAUCAAGACCAGAGCUGAGAUCAAGAGUCGGACGCUUAACCAGCUGAGCCACCCAGGCAUCUCUUGACAUUUUUUGUUUUAUUCUACAGUAUACUACAGUAUCCAAAAUAUAGUUGCACAAUUGCAAUGAGUGUUACUACUAAUGAUAGAAAUACGGAAUAAAAGUUAAGAUUUCUUUGCCGUUCUCUUUAUCCUUGUGUAUAUCCUACCAAGGACAUAAAGAGAAUUAUAUUCAAAAGUCACUUGAAAUAAUUUCUCUGUUCACAUUACAGGCACACCUGAGAGAUACUGGGAUUUGAUUCCAGACCACUACAACAGAGUAAAUAUCACAAUAAAGUGAAUCAAAUGAAUUUUUUGGUUUCCCGAUGCAUAUGAAAGUUAUUCUUACACCAUACCAUAGUCUAUUAAGUAUGCAGUAGAAUUACACCUAUAAAAAUAAUGUAUAUACCUUAAUAACACUUUAUGGCUAAAUAAUGCUGACCAUCAUCUGAGUUUCCAGUGAGUCAUAAUCACUGAUCACAGCUCACCAUAAGAAAUAUAAUAAUAAUGGAAAGUUUGAAACAUUGAAAGAACUACCAAAACGCAACACAGAGAUAGGAAGUGAACAGAUGCUGUUGGAAAAAUGGUGCCAAUAGACUCAUUCGAUGUAGGGUUGCCACAAACCUUCAAUUUGUAAAAAUUAAAAAAAAAAAAAUGUGGUUAUCUAUAAAGUGCAAUAAAACAAGGAACAACUGUACUAAUUUGAAAUACAGCUAAGACAUUUUGUUUUCAAAUUUAGGAUUUGCUAAUUUUCUUUUUGGUUUAGUGGAUUUUUAAAGAGGUAAAACAUAAUUCAAAAUUCCAAUUUCUAUAAAAAGGUAUAUGCAGAAGUCUUGCUUUUAUUCCUUUCCCUUCUGCCCUGUUUUUUUCCCACUACUCUUCCAUCCCCCCCACCAUAGGCAGCCACUUUUAUUAGUUUCUAUUACCCUUUCAAUAUUUUUUUGCAAUUAAAUGUGCAUAC